AUGGCCGAUGACCCCACCACCGGCGGCGGCGAGGGUGGGGACCGCGUCGAGGACGUCGUCCGCGCCGAGGCUGAAACGCAACCUCAUGAUGAUGGUUCAUCGAAAUCCAAGGAUAGGGACAAAGAUAGAGAAAAGGACAAGGACAGAGAUCGUCGCAGGGACCGUGACAGAGAUCGAGGGAGAGACAGGGAUCGUGAUAGAGAUAGGGAUAGGGAUAGGGAUAGGGACAAGGAUAGGGACAGGGAUCGGGACAGAGACAAGGAUCGCCAAAGUAGGCAUCACCGUGAAAGACGGGAACAGCGAGACCGUCCUGAUGAUCACAGAGGCCGUGAUUCUGAAAGGAGAAGAGAACGCGACAGAGAUGGGCAUCGUAGGCAUCGUUCUCGGUCUCGUUCAAGGGGUAGAGAUCGAAGAUCUAGGUCGCGUUCAAGAAGCAAGCGAGUUAGUGGAUUCGAUGCACCACCCCCACAAGCCAUGGGUUCAACAUUUCCAGUUAUUCCAACCCCAAGUCAGUUACCAGGCUCUUCCCUUCCCAACAUUGGCGGCAUGUUUCCAAACAUGCUCCCUUUUGGUGUUGCUGGGCAGUUCAAUCCCCUUGUCAUCCAGCCACAAGCAAUGACUCAACAGGCUACUCGUCAUGCUCGGCGUGUUUAUGUUGGCGGCCUUCCUCCAUCUGCUAACGAACAGACAGUGGCAGUUUACUUUAAUCAAGUCAUGGCUGCUAUUGGGGGAAACACUGCUGGUCCAGGUGAUGCUGUUCUCAAUGUAUACAUAAAUCAUGACAAGAAAUUUGCUUUUGUGGAGAUGAGAUCUGUUGAGGAAGCAAGCAAUGCAAUGGCCCUGGAUGGCAUUAUGUUUGAUGGGGCGCCAGUGAAGGUUAGAAGGCCAACAGACUACAACCCUUCCCUUGCAGCUGCCCUGGGCCCAAGUCAGCCAAGCCCCAAUCUGAAUCUUGCAGCAGUUGGCCUAACAGCAGGGUCUACUGGAGGGCUAGAAGGUCCAGACCGUAUUUUUGUGGGUGGCCUUCCGUAUUACUUCACUGAAGCUCAAGUUCGGGAGUUGCUUGAAUCAUUCGGUCCUCUUCAAGGGUUUGAUCUUGUGAAGGAUAGGGAAACUGGUAACUCAAAAGGCUAUGCAUUCUGUGUUUACCAGGACCUCACUGUCACUGACAUCGCUUGUGCUGCACUAAAUGGUAUCAAGAUGGGUGACAAAACCCUUACUGUCAGACGAGCAAACCACGGGGCAUCUCAGCCCAGACCAGAGCAGGAAAGUAUCCUAUUGCAAGCACAGCAACAGGUGCAAUUACAGAAACUUGUGUAUCAAGUUGGGGCCCUCCCUACAAAGGUUGUUUGCCUCACCCAGGUGGUAACUGCAGAUGAAUUGAAAGAUGAUGAAGAGUAUGAGGACAUUAUGGAAGACAUGAGGCUAGAAGCAGGCAAAUAUGGUAAUUUGGUGAAAGUUAUCAUCCCACGUCCUGACCCCAGCGGACAGCCAGUUGCAGGAGUUGGGAAGGUGUUCCUGGAAUAUGCAGAUAUCGAUGGUGCUGCCAAAGCAAAGACAGCAUUGCAUGGAAGGAAAUUUGGUGGGAACCCAGUGGUCGCUGUCUGCUAUGCUGAGGACAAGUUUGCCAAUGGGGAAUAUGAUGGAUGA